AUGCCACAGGUGGGUCACAGCAGGGAGUUCAGCCACAGUGAGUCUCAAGAUUUUCCGGUCCAUGAACCAGGGUUCCUCUUGGUUGCGCUCUGUCUUGAAUCCUUGGGUGGUCAGUGCUGUCAGGGCGGGUUCUGCUUCGUGUCUUGUGGUAUGUGCUACUGCAGGCACUUCCAUUAGAGUGCUGUGUGUGUUCUUAUUUGCAGUGUCCAUAAACUUUGCUUUUUUGUAAGGACCCGGCAGGGUGGUAGUGUGUGCUUAUUCAUUUGCUCCGUUGGCUUUCUCACUUUUAGGUAAGCGUCCACUCGAUCUCGCAGGCAGCUCGCGCACAUGGUCGGUGUGCGGCGGCCAUCUUGUUGCCGUCGUCCAGCGGCUAAUCCUCAACAGGGUGGCUGUUUAUGUCCAGGUUGGUGUGCUGGCUAGUGCCCUUGCAGACCGGGAUGACCCCCCUGGUCCAGAGGGGCGGGGAAGCGUGACGCCGGCCGGAGACCCGGGAGAGCGGCCGUCUCAUCCCGGCUCAAGCCCCAAUGGACUCCAUGCCCCAUUCGGGUCACUGUCGGUGCCAGAGAGUCUCAUACGGUAUACUAGUUUGCCCCUGUGACUGGGGGUCGGUGUGGUCGCCUGUGUGGUUUUCCAGUCUCGUAAAACCUCCAAUUUACACCGACUUCGGGCCCUGGAGCGGGAGCUCAGACAGAGCAUGUCUGUUCCCGCCGGCGGUCAGGCUCCGCCCCCCACCCAAAAUUAUUUUUAA